AUGGUUAAUCCUAUUAAGAAAGUAAAGAUUGUCAAGAAACGUAUUAAACCUUUUAUAAGGCAUCAAUCAGAUAGAUAUAAAUCUGUAAAGGUAGCGUGGAGAAAACCAAAAGGUAUUGACAAUCGUGUUAGGCGAAGAUUUAAAGGGCAGAUUCCAAUGCCAAAAAUUGGUUACGGAUCGAAUAAAAAAACUCGACAUUUAAUGCCAAAUGGAUUUAAGAAAUUCUUAGUAUAUAACGUUAAAGAAUUGGAAUUAUUGCUUAUGCACAACAAAACAUUUGCAGCUGAAAUUGCGUCAAAAGUCAGCUCUAGAAAAAGAAUUUCAAUUCUUGAGAGAGCUCAACAAUUGAAUAUUAGGGUUACCAAUUCUAAAGCUCGUGUUAGAUCUCAAGAGGUUGACUAA